GGGACUGGUCUUCUCCCCGCAGAGCCCUUGCCACUACUGUUCUUCAAGUACCGGUAGCUUGCGUUGUAUGUAUUAAAGGGCCUCCUAUCUCGUUCAUUCCUAAGUCUCCCAUUGUCUUACCCAAUACCAUUCCCUUUCACCAAACACCGUCCGACAGAUCGUCGCCGCAAUGUCUCCCUCCGCAAUCGAAGCUACGACGACUGCUCCUCCUACUUCGGCUUCGGAGAGCGUACCGAACCAAAUCGCCCAAUCUGUACCUGCACCAGUGUACCUCUCAACCGAGCCAGGCCCCGACCACGACUGGAAAGUCACCCUGAAGAACAAAGUCAUUGUCAUUACUGGCGCGAACCGUGGUAUUGGUCUGGGACUCGCAACCGUAUGCCUUGCCAACGACGCGAAGGAGGUCUACUCGUUCGACCUGUUCGAACCUGGCGAGGAGUUUCAGGCGCUCCAGCAGACACACCCGAAGCGGGUACACUACGUCCACUGCGACGUAACGUCGGAAGAGAGCGUCAACAAAGCCGUGGAUCAGGUCGUCGCACAAUCGGGCCGGAUUGAUGGCAUGGUUGCGAACGCCGGCAUGACCAAGCACCAGCCCGCGCUAAAUUUUGACCGCCCGCAGCUCGAGCAGCUGUUCAACCUCAAUGUUUUCGGCGCAUAUUUCUGCGCAAAGGCGGCUGCGAACAAGUUCAUCGAGCUCGGCAUCAAGGGAUCAAUUGUCUUCACCGCUUCCAUGACCUCGUACCGACCGAACCGCGCAGGUCCGUCUGCACCGUAUGGUGGUACCAAGGCCGCUGUAAGGAACAUGGCUCACACGCUCGCUAUGGAAUGGGCGAAACAUGGAAUCCGUGUCAACUCCAUCUCGCCCGGAUUUGUGAUGACACAAAUGACCUCAAAAAUCCGGGAGGCUCCCGACUUCAAUUUGAAGAUGCAGUACUACGGUGGCAUGCCCAGAUUGGCCGAUCCUAGGGAACUCGGUGGAGCCUACGUAUACCUUCUGUCUGAGGGCGCAACCUACACGACCGGCAUAGAUAUUCCCGUUGCCGGUAUUGUCGGUGCUUGGUAGAGCGUUUAUUUACAUGAAGUUUCCGCGUCCCGCUGCAUGGGUGGAGUAUCAGGGCAUUUUACUAGGAUCACUGUGAUAGAACGAAUACCAGAUCCAUUUCAGACUUCC